AUGGAGUUAGCUCACAGUUUACUACUUAAUGAAGAAGUGUAUAACCAGCUUGGUGAAUUUCAAAAAGCAGAGUUCAUUUUUGAAUGGUUACAGUUUUUGGAAAAACUUUUACCAGUGACUAGCAGAGCUGAUAUAAGGGAAAACCAGAAGAAACUGGUUGAACAAUUGACUUCUUUGUUAAACAAUUCACCAGGACCUCCUACCAGACGGCUUGUUGCCAAGAAUUUAGCUGUACUUUAUAGCACUGGAGACACUUUUUCUGUUUACCAAACAAUUGACAAAUGCAAUGAACUCAUUCGAAGUAAAGAUGAUUCACCAAGUUAUCUGCCUACGAAACUUGCUGCGGUGGUAUGCUUGGGCUAUUUGUACAAAAAAUUGGGAAGAAUUUUGGGAAACAGUUUUACUGACACCGUUGGGAAUGUGCUUAAAGCAAUGAAGAAUGCAGAGUCUCAAGGUCGUUACGAAAUCAUGCUUAGUUUGCAAAAUAUGUUAAAUGGUUUAGGAGCUGCUGCUAUCCCCUGUCAUAGAGAUAUUUACAAAGCUGCCCGAUCAUGUUUGACGGAUCGAUCCAUGGCAGUCCGCUGUGCUGCUGCAAAGUGUCUCCUUGAACUUCAGAAUGAAGCAGUAUUUAUGUGGAGUACAGACCUGGAUAGUGUUGUGACCUUGUGUUUUAAAUCUUUUGAAGGUUCCAAUUAUGAUGUACGAUUAGCAGUUUCAAAACUUUUAGGCACAGUAUUGGCUAAAGCUCUAAUAUCUAAACAGACAACAGUGCUAAGGCAUAACUUCCGCAGAAUUUCUUUGGAAGAAGUGAUGGAGCUAUUGGGAACUGGAUUUCUGCGUGGAAGUUGUGGAUUUCUACGAGCCAGUGGUGAUAUGUUGAAAGGGACCAGUUCAGUCAGCAGAGAUGUUAGAGUUGGAGUCACCCAGGCAUAUGUGGUAUUUGUCUCUACAUUAGGAGCACAAUGGCUUGAAAGGAACUUCUCUGCCUUCCUUUCCCAUAUUCUAGAUCUCGUAUCUCAGUCUCACCCUAAGGCUAUUCAGAGUCAGAUGGAUGCUAUCGGCUGUCGCCGCUGUGUUUCCUUUAUCCUUCGAGCUACAGUAGGAGGCCUUCUUGGGGAAAAAGCUCAAAUUGCAGCUGCCAAAGAGAUUUGUCAGGCCAUCUGGAAACUGAAGAAAGUUGUGGAUGCUGCAAUGAGUGACAGUAACUUGGAAACAAGAAUUAGUACAACAGAUGUAACAGCAAGUCAGCAUGUGCUUGUGUGUGCGCUUCAGGAACUUGGAAGUCUCAUCCAGGGCUUAGGAACUACAGCAGCACCAUUACUGCAAGACUCCAGUGCAGGCGUUCUGGAAGUAGUAAUUUCUCUCAUUCUUCAUCCCAGCAUUUCAGUUAGACUAACAGCAGCUUGGUGUCUACGCUGUAUUGCAGUAGCAUUGCCCUCCUGUGUGUCCCUACUGUUGGAUCGUUGCAUUGAACGUCUUACUGCAUUGAAAUCCUCCCCAGAAGCAGUAACUGGCUACAGUUUUGCUGUUGCUGCUUUGCUGGGUGCGGUAAAACACUGUCCUUUAGGAAUUCCACAUGGAAAAGGGAAGGUAAUCAUGACAGUAGCAGAGGAUCUGUUGUGUUCUGCUUCUCAGAACAGUCGCAUUUCACUGCAGCGAACACAGGCUGGAUGGCUGUUGAUAGCUGCCCUCAUGACAUUAGGUCCUGCAGUUGUCCAACACCAUCUGCCACGAAUGCUGUUACUGUGGAAGUGCAUCUUUCCGUCAUCUCCUAAAGACCUAGAAACAGAGAAGACACGAGGAGAUUCAUUUACCUGGCAAGUAACACUGGAAGGUCGUGCUGGUGCUCUCUGUGCUAUCAAAAGCUUUGUUUCCCACUGUGCUGGUCUUCUUACUGAUGAAGUUGUUCAGAGACUUCUUCCUCCUCUUCCAAGUGCUGUUGAUUUAUUGACACAGCUUUCUUCAAUAUAUAAAUCAUAUGGAAAUUCUUUAAAAACACCAUCAAUGGUUUACAGACAUAAACUUUAUGAAUUACUAGCAGUAUUGCCUCCAAAGGCCUGUGAAGGAAGCUUCUGUGCUGUUCUAAAAGAAUUAGUGGCUGACUUGACUGUCCCAGAUAGCCAGAUCGAUACCUCUACAUUCUUGCUUCCGCCCCUUUGUCAUGAGAAUGAUCUCCUUUUACUUGGUCCCUUACUGCAGGAGACUGACCACCGAUUUAUCGAAGAGCAGCUCCUUUUAGGUAACAGCAUAGCUGGUGGCAGCCUGGAAUAUGACCCUUAUUCAAUUUAUGAAAAAAUUGCAAAUGGUGAUUCAGUACCUAAACCACUACCUCCCAUAUUGUCUGUUAUCAGUGCAGCAACUCGUCUUUUUGGAGUUAUGUUUUCCCAUGUAGCAGAAUCUCACAGGCUCCAGGUGUUAGAACAGUUGUUGAAUUCCAUAAAGCAAACAAAAGGAUCACGGCAACAAAUAGUACAACUAAAUGUUGUGUCAGCCUUUUCUAUUUCCUUAAAGCACUUGGCUAACUGCAAGGGAAGUUUAGGUCCAGAAGAAGUUAGAAGGUCUGCCCUAACAUUGGUAAUGGGUGCCUUGGAAAGCAAUCAUCCACUCCUAAGAUGUGCUGCUGCAGAGUGUUUGGCCAGAUUGGCACAGGUGGUUUCUGACAGUGCCUUCACUGCUGGAUUAGCACAAGUCAGUUUUGACAAGCUAAAAUCUGCUAGGGAUGUGGUAUCAAGAACAGGUCAUUCUUUGGCUCUGGGAUGUCUGUAUAGGUACCUAGGCGGAAUAAGUUCUACUCAGCACCUGAAUGCAUGUGUUGGAAUCCUUUAUACUUUAUCUCAGGACAGUACUUCUCCUGAUGUACAGGCAUGGGCACUACACUCUCUGUCACUGAUAGUAGAUUUAGCUGGCCCCUUGUAUCAUGUGCAUGUGGAACCUACCUUAUCUCUUGUUCUCAUGUUGUUGUUGACUGUGCCACCUGCUUACACUGAAGUUCACCAAAGCCUUGGUCGCUGUUUAAAUGCACUUAUUACCACCCUGGGCCCUGAGUUGCAAGGCAGCAGUACGACAGUUUCAGCCUUAAGAACUUCUUGCCUCCUGGGCUGUGCAGUGAUGCAGGAUAAUCCUGACUGCCUUGUUCAGGCUCAAGCCAUCUCUUGCCUUCAGCAGCUUCACAUGUUUGCUCCUCGACAUGUCAACUUGUCUAGCCUUGUAAGCUGCCUAUGU